AUGGCGGACUGGAGUCCUUCCUCGUGGACUAACAAGCCCAUCAAGCAAGAUGUGGUCUACGAAGAUGCGGAAGGGAUGAAAGAAGCAUUGGCGAAGCUGCAGAAGUUGCCUCCGCUGGUAACCACACAAGAGAUUAACAAACUCAAAGAGAGCUUGCGCAAUGUAGCUCUCGGCAAAGCCUUUGUGCUUCAAGGCGGGGACUGUGCGGAGUUAUUUGACUACUGCAACCAAGACAUGAUCGAGGCCAAGGUCAAGCUGUUGCUUCAGAUGAGCUUGGUUUUAAUUUGGGGCGCCAACAAGCCCGUCAUCCGUAUCGCCCGCAUUGCAGGCCAAUUCGCGAAGCCACGCUCAAAGCCCACCGAAAUGGUCAAUGGCGUCGAGCUCCCCGCCUUCCGCGGCGAUAACAUCAACGGCUACAGCGCAGACGCCGAGUCACGACGACCCGACCCGUCCCGCCUCGUCUCAGCAUACUUCCACUCGGCCGCAACGCUGAACUGGCUUCGCGCGGCGCUAUCUUCCGGCCUCGCCGACCUGCACUCUCCCUUAGACUGGGGUCUCGGCCAUGUGCGCACCCCCUCGAUCAAAGAACAGUACUCGCGAAUCGUGGGCGCCGUCAAAGAUGCCCUGCGAUUCAUGGCCACAGUCGGCAUCGACAAAGACCGCGGCGUCGAGACAGCGGACGUGUACACGAGCCACGAGGGCCUCUCGCUGGACUACGAGCAAUGUCUCACGCGGGAGCUGCGCCACCCGGUCCCGACGAAAGCAACCUGGACCGAAAAUUACUCUUCAACGGGAUUCUACGCGACCUCUGCGCACUUCCUCUGGAUCGGUGACCGCACACGCCAGCUCGACGGCGCACACGUCGAGUUCUUCCGCGGGAUCGCAAACCCCGUCGGUAUCAAGAUCGGGCCGACCAUGGCAUCCGACGAGCUGGUCGCCCUACUCAACGUUGUCAAUCCCGCAAGGGAGGUGGGGAAAGUCACGCUCAUCUCGCGGUACGGCGCGGCGAAGAUCGCAGAGUUCCUGCCGGGGCAUAUCGCCGCCGUGCAGGCGUCGGGCCACAUCCCUGUGUGGCAGUGCGAUCCCAUGCAUGGCAAUACACAGUCUACGCCGUCGGGUGUCAAGACGCGGCAUUUUGAGGAUAUUUUGUCGGAGCUGAAGCAGGCACUUGAGAUUCAUCGCGCCGCGGGGUCGUUCCUUGGUGGGAUGCAUCUUGAGCUUACUGGUGAAGCGGUCACGGAGUGUGUGGGUGGCGCGGCUGGGUUGACAGAGGAUGGUCUGAUGGAGAGAUAUACUACUUUCUGUGAUCCGCGGUUGAAUGAGAAGCAGGCGCUGGAGUUGGCGUUCCUUGUUGCGUCGUUCUAUCGCGAGGCAAAGGAAUGA